AUGGACCAAAAGAGCGAUGAGCAAAAAAAGAAGCAAUGGGAAGAGGCUAUGGAGUUCAUUAAAGUAGUGGGAGAGUUGGAAGACGAGUUGAGGAAUAUGGAGGUUGAUAUGCAGUGUGAAAUAUAUCAUGAAAUGGUUAGAAAAUUCAAGAAGUUUGGAGUUAUCGCAGCGGAUGACGACCGAUGGGAAAAGAUGGAUAUUAAAAAUUGGCCCAAAGUUGAUCCGGAAAAAAACAGAGGAAUUGACUUAGACGAGAAGUCAGAUGGUUCAUCUGACCCACAAGGCGAAAUGAGGGGAUGCUCUUCCCAAACAAUCUUAAAGAAAACAAAGAGAACUAAACGUGCCAGGAAGCCAAGAGGUGAGAAGAAAGAAAGGAAGACGAAGGAUGAUGCCAAAAAUGACCCCACGAGCGAAAUGGGAGGCUGCUCCUCAAAACAUUCAUCGCCAUCAAAGAAAGCCAAGGAGCCGAGGAGCGAAAAGACAAAAGGAAAUAAGACCAAGGAUAUCGCUAAGAUCAGUGGCUCUUCUGAAGCUAAAAGCGGAAACAAUGACUCGCCUCCUCUAAGGAUCAGACUGCCAUUAAAGAAAGCUAUACUUGCCAAGGAGCCAAUAGUCGAGAAAACGAAAGGAAAGAAGACGAGGGCUGUUACUAAUAAAAAUGGGUCUUAUAAAUCUAAGAGCGGAACCAGUGGCUGGUCUCCACUAAAAUUGACGUUGUCGUUAAAGGAUUCUGUACAUGUCAAAGAGUCAGCAGCUGAAAGGACGAAAGAAAGGAAGACGAGGGAUGUUGCUGAGGUGAAUGGCCCCCCUGUCUCUGGAAGCGGAAUCAGUGGCCGCUCUCCCUCGAAAAAGCCGUCGCCAUCAAAAAAGCCGUCGCCAUCAAAGAGACCUAAACAAGUCAAGGAACCGGGACCUCAGAAGGCGAGAGGGGGGAAGACGAGGGGCCGCUCUUCCCCUCCGAUUCCACCACCAUCAAAGAAACCUAGACGUGUCAACGAGCUCAGAGAUGAGAAGACGAGAGAUGUCAAAACUCGUCCCACAACGCGGGUGUCCAAAAUGGAUACUGUUCCUACCUCGACUGGAAUACGAAACACAGUUCGUAAGGGCAGAAAGAUUGCAGCCUCCACCUCUAAAAGUGGCAAAACUAGUAAGAGGAAGACUGGGAAGAAGGGUUACUCUAGGAAACGCAAACAAGCACAGGGAUUUUGGUUCUGUGAUACAUGCAAGGAUAUCCCACAGGAAAACCCUGACCCUGCUCCCGGCUGGCCGUUCGGCAGAAUUAUCAAAGAGGAGGCUCCCGAUGAUGGCGAAUACGGUGUAGGACCACCACCGCUUGCGCAGGAUCCUGUCGAAAAUGAAGGAGUUGAAGAACAUCCCGUCUAUGAUGUGAAUGAGAACUGUGAAAAUGACGAGGACGUCAACGUGGUCAAGGUUAUUAAGCAGGAAGUUAUUGAAGACAACGAAGAUGACGACAGCUAUAGAUAUGUGGGAAAUCCUAUCAUACGUAGACACCUGGCAUCCAGUGGGCCUUUGAUGCGAGCGCUGCUCGCCUACCUACCGGGUACAUCGAAAGGGACAGAAUUCAACAGAUACGCGGAUUAUGGCUCGACACCGCACAGUGAUGAAGGAUCCUGUCGUACAGCGGAUGAACAAGGAUAUGAGGGAUCAGGAAGCUCCACAGAUGAGUCCGAAUCAAGUGGAUCAGAUGAAUUAGAAAGUACUACUGAAUCAGAAAGUGAUGAUGAGAGCAGUUCGGAGAAAGACGACAAGGAUCCGGUUGAAGGUGACAACGAGAUGGAGGAGUGA